AUAUUCUUUUCAUGAAAUUAAUUUCAGAAAAUAUGUGUAAUAAUGAUAUGUUACUUUACUAUUAUUCUAAAUAUAUUAAGAAUUAAAUCUAUACCUUUAAAAAUAUAUGAAUAAUAAUUAUAUUUGAUAUAAUACUGUAAAAUGAUAUAUGAAUCUUCUAAAAUAUAAAUAAAAUGAAUAUUGGAAGAACAAAUCUUCAUGGCAAUGGCUUGUUAUUUGCUGGUUUUAAUCAAGACCAGGGAUGUUUUGCUUGUGGUAUGGAUAAAGGUUUUAGGGUAUAUAAUUGUGAUCCAUUAAAAGAAAAAGUAAGACAAGAUUUUCCUGAUGGUGGCUUAUCAUUUGUGGAAAUGCUUUUUAGAUGUAAUUAUUUAGCAAUGGUAGGUGGUGGUACAUCACCAAAAUAUCCUACCAAUAGAGUUGUUAUUUGGGAUGAUUUAAAAAAAGAUACUGUUAUCACACUAGAAUUUAACACUCAUGUACUUUGUGUUCGACUUCGAAGAGAUAGAAUAGUUGUUGUUCUCGAAGGUGUUAUUAAAGUUUAUACAUUCACUCAAACACCACAACAACUACAUGUAUUUGAAACUCAUGCUAAUCCUAAAGGUUUAUGCAUGUUAUGUCCUAAUAGUAAUAACUCUGUACUUGCAUUUCCUGGUAGAAAAACUGGGCAUGUUCAGUUGGUAGAUCUAGCUGAUACAGAUAAACCACCACUUGAUAUUGCAGCCCAUGAAACGCUAUUAGGUUGCAUUGCUUUAAAUCUUCAAGGAACACGACUAGCUACUGCCUCUGAAAGAGGAACAUUAAUAAGAGUUUUUGAUACAAAAUCUGGAAACAUGCUAUAUGAAUUUAGACGUGGAACUAAUACAGCACAAAUUUAUUGUAUUAACUUCAAUGCAGAAUCUACUAUGAUGUGUGUAGCUAGUGAUCAUGGUACUAUCCAUAUAUUUGCCCUUGAAGACCAGAGUCUAAACAAACAGUCUAGUUUAGCUUCUAACUUUUUGCCUAAAUAUUUUAGUUCCAGUUGGAGUUUUUGCAAAUUUCAAGUACCCAAUGGACCACAGUGUAUUUGUGCAUUUGGAACUGAAAACAACUGUGUUAAUGUUAUAUGUGCUGAUGGAAACUAUUACAAGUUUGUUUUCAACCAAAAAGGAGAAUGUUGGAGAGAUAUUUGUGCACAGUUUCUAGAAAUGACAGAUGACAAUAGUAUUAGUUGAUAAUUAACUGUUGUAAUGUAUAUAUUCCAGUUUUUAGAAAAUCUGGAUAUGAUAUUCCAUAUCAUACAAUUUAUAGUAUUGUUUACUUUUUUAUUUAUUUUUAAACUCAUCAACAAUAUAUAAUAUACAAAAAAUAAUAUGAAAUGGUUUUUAUCAAUAUAUUGGUGCUAUUGAAAAUAUUUCCUAUAUAUAUCUAUAUAUAUAUAUUUUUUUAUAGUUAUUUAAAUUUAUUUAAUAAUAGAACUGUUAAUGUAGAUUGUCUUUGUUUUUCCAAUUGUAGCUAACUCUAUGACAAUUUUUUUAAUUACAUAUAUAAUUUGUAUAAAAAUCAUUUAUUUUCAUAUAACUAUACAAUUUAUAUUAUGAAAUACAUAAUAUAUUUUACAUAUAUACAGUCA